GGUGGCUUCAGAUCCGCCACACGGAGAGGAAAGGCUGAGAAAGUGACGAGGGCUUGAUGUAGGGUUUUUUAAAAAGAAGGCUCGAGGAGUGUUUUAUUAUUUUUUGAUGAGUGGCACACCAAAGAUUUAAACACAGACACAGCCAAAAUGCUCUGCCACGUUACUCGUCCGGAUUCGGUGGUUAUGGAAGUGGAAGUUGAUGCGAAGGCGAAUGGUGAAGACUGUCUGAAUAAGGUUUGCAGAAAGUUGGGCAUAAUAGAAGUGGACUACUUUGGGCUGCAGUUCACUGGCAGCAAAGGCGAGAACCUGUGGCUGAAUCUGAGGAACCGCAUAUGCCAGCAGAUGGAUAACUUGACGCCGUGUCGACUGAGGCUGCGGGUCAAGUUCUUUGUGGAGCCCCAUCUGAUUCUGCAGGAACAGACGAGACACGUCUUCUUCAUGCACGUGAAGGAAGACCUCCACAAUGGUCACCUGCGCAUGGGCUCCGAACAAGCAGAAGAACUGAGUGCGCUGCUGGCACAGGCCGAGUUCGGCGACUACAACCAAAACACAGCACAGUACUGGUACUCUGAACUGUGCGGAGAGGAGCCCAGCUCGUCCACCACGGACAGUAUCAUUUCCAGACACAAAGCUCUGGAGGGCUCAAGUCAGGGAUCUGUGGAGUACCAGGCCCUCCAAUUGGUAUCCUCUCUGGAGCAUUACGGUGUGGAAUGGCACUGGGUUCGUGACGCAAACGGCCAACGAUUGGCCAUUGGGGUCGGACCGGAGGGGAUUGCCAUCUGCAAGGAGGACUUCAGCUUAGUCAACAGAGUAAGUUAUCCAGUCAUCCAGAUCGCCACCCAGUCAGGGAAAACUGUGUACCUAACAGUGACCAAGGACACAAGUGACAGCGUGGUGCUUUUGUUCAAGCUGAUAAGUAACCGGGCAGCCAGUGGACUGUACCGAGCCAUCACAGAAACCCAUGCCUUCUACAGGUGUGACACAGUUACCAAUGCAGUGAUGAUGCAGUACAGCAGAGACUUUAAAGGCCACCUGGCUUCACUUUUCCUCAACGAGAACAUCAACCUGGGCAAGAAAUACGUCUUUGACAUUCGACGCACGUCCAAGGAGGUGUACGACCACGCCCGCCGCGCUCUCUACAACUCCGGAGUCGUGGACCUGAUGUCCCGCUCCGGCAGCGGCGACCGCUCCUCUCCCUCGCGCUCCCCCAGCAGAGACGACCAGCAGGACGAGGAGCUGGACUGUGGAAGCUGCCAGCAGAGCCGAGCCCUGCAGGAGCGUCUGCAGAAGCUCAGAGAGGCUCUGCUGUGCAUGCUGUGCUGCGAGGAGGAGAUAGACGCUGCGUUCUGCCCCUGUGGACAUAUGGUGUGCUGCCAGACCUGUGCCAAUCAGCUCCAGUUGUGUCCCGUGUGUCGCUCGGAGGUGGAACAUGUGCAGCACAUCUACCUUCCCACCUGCACCAGCCUGUUGAGCCUGACGCUGACCGACAACCACCAGCAGCACCGCAGCAGCGUUCCCACACCCAUCCACAGAGAAAUGGCGUCCCCCCACAGCUGCUCGUCGACAGAGUUCGAACACAAGAUCUACCACACAUAAAAAGCAACUCCACCAAAACUCCAGCAUGAACUCCUUUUUUUUUUUUUUUGAGCCACACCAGCCCGCUUUCAAGGUCUCACAAAGAAGGAACAUUUCUUGUCCGUCUGAGAUACCAAACAUGUAGAGACGCGACGUAAUCGAAGGAUGGACGCACUCAAACCACUCCCUCAGCUACUGUGUGUGUGUGUGUGAGUUUAAUUGUUAUUUCAACUCAUUUUAAGUAUUGUUGCCACUGGCUGAGUGUCACUGCGUCCAGAUCUUGUACGUUUUAAACAUCAUCCCCUGCCAAAACAUUGUUUUUAGAUUAGGCUCGUUUUGUCUUUAAAUUAUUGCAUCAGUUGACCUGAUACAGAUUACCUAGUCAUAUUUUUUUAUUUUUUUUGUCUUUGCUCCAUAUCAGGUCUCCUAGCCCCAGAAACCGAACCAUUUGAUGGACUUGUGUGUUUUUGAAUAUCUAAAAACUGUACAUAACGGUUGAUUUAUUUUUUUCAUUUUUAAUGCUUUCUGACAUUUUAAAGCUUCUCUGUUUUUAUGUGAACAUAAUUUUAUGAAAUAACAGAGUGAAAGGCUUUUUCUUUUUUAUAUAUAUAUAUAUAUAUAUAUAUAUUUAAUUUCUUAUUUGUUUUUCAUGUUUUCCAGCCAAUUAGAGUGUUUUUAGAGGUUAAGCAGCUCUGCAUACGAAUGAGACACAGCAGGCCACAUGGUCCUGUCAGAUUAUCUGUGGGGUAAAUCAGACUCUUAAGUGUUUUUUAGCCCAGCAGAACUAUGACUGUGGAUGUGAAGUGCAGUACUUCACUGACACUCCCACAACCUCGUUCACCUUGAAAACUGGUUUUGUUGUCUAACUGCCUCUUGUCCAAAACAACAAGCCUAGUUUUAUAAUCGCUGCACCUUUAACUUGUUUUUUUGUUUUUAUCUCUAUGCCAACAGAAAUUCAGAGCCUAAGAACCAUUAUUAGGGUUAUUUACAAUCAGGAAAUAGUCCUGUAGCUGCUUCCUCUAAAAACACCACUCAUCUUUUUGAACUAGUCAGUUAUUUUCUGAUACUUUUAUAAAAGGGUACUAGGAGAUCUAUCUGUGCAAUAAUUGCUUGCUUUUGAAAAGCUUUUUCAUUUACACAUUUUAUUUAAUUUCAAAGACUAUAUUUAAAAAAAAAAGAGAGAGAAACCACAACAUUGUCACUUUACCAAGGAGAUGUUCCACAUGUGUGUAGGGGAGUUUGGCCUUAAUGUAGCAGCAACACCUUGUUUAUGAUAAACUUUCCACAGAUAUUUUUUUCUGUUAAGAAAAACUGAAUUUCUUUAAUGCUGACUUGAUUUAAGCUCAGUCACUGCAGGGGAAGGACUUUUUAUUUUUCACAUUGUACAUGUAGGGAUUUGUUUCUGUUUUCUGAAGCAAAAGCCACUAUGCUCUGUAAAGUAAUUCUUGGAGAGGAAUCCUUUUGAUAUAUUCUGUUUUUAACAAAAGACAAAGUAUUAAUAAAGUUGUUUUUAAAAAAACCAAA